CUCCGGGGCGCGUUUCCGCCUGGUCCCGAGGACCGUCUCUGCUGCGAGGGUCUGAAGCUCAGCUGUUCGGGGAGGGUGGGUGGCCAGGCACGAGGGCUGAACUGCUGGCUGACCUUGGCAGGGCUGAUCUGGCACGGCCGCCGCGACGCGCAGAUGUUUUCAAGUCAGCAAAUGUUUACUGAGCAUCUACUAUGUACAAGAUGACCAUCUGCAACAAGCCCUCCAACAAGACGGCCCCUGAGAAGAGUGUGUGGACAGCGGCUGAGCAGGCCAGCAGACCCUCCCCGGAACUACAGGGCCAGCGAUCCCGCCGCAACGGGUGGAGCUGGCCUCCUCACCCCCUGCAGAUCGUGGCCUGGCUGCUGUACCUCUUCUUUGCUGUGAUCGGCUUUGGGAUCCUUGUUCCCCUACUGCCUCACCACUGGGUGCCUGCUGGCUACGCUUGCAUGGGCGCCAUCUUUGCUGGCCACCUCGUGGUGCACCUGACCGCCGUCUCCAUUGAUCCAGCAGAUGCCAACGUCCGGGACAAGAGCUAUGCGGGCCCCUUGCCCAUCUUUAACCGCAGCCAACAUGCACACGUCAUUGAGGACCUGCAUUGCAAUUUGUGCGACGUGGAUGUGAGUGCCCGCUCCAAGCACUGCAGUGCCUGCAACAAGUGCGUGUGCGGCUUCGAUCACCACUGCAAGUGGCUCAACAACUGUGUGGGCGAGAGGAACUACCGGCUCUUUCUACAGAGUGUAGCAUCUGCUUUACUGGGUGUCCUGCUCCUGGUGCUGGUGGCCACUUAUGUCUUUGUGGAGUUCUUUGUCAACCCUAUGCGGCUGCGCACCAACCGACACUUUGAAGUCCUGAAGAAUCACACAGAUGUGUGGUUUGUGUUCCUGCCUGCUGCCCCUGUGGAGACCCAGGCUCCUGCCAUCCUGGCCCUGGCUGCUCUUCUCAUCCUUCUGGGCCUGCUCUCCACAGCCCUGCUUGGCCACCUGCUCUGCUUCCACAUUUAUCUCAUUUGGCACAAGCUCACCACCUAUGAGUACAUCGUGCAGCACCGCCCACCACAGGAGGCAAAGGGGGCCCACAGGGAGCUCGAGUCAUGUCCCCCCAAGAUGCGGUCCAUUCAGGAGACAGAGUUCUACAUGCGGACCUUCAGCCACGUGCAUGCACCACCCCCAGGCUGGGCCAGGCCAGCAUCAGUGAAUGCCAAUCCCUCCAGCCUUCUUGUUACCAGCGGCCAAGUGGAACGUCCACCGUCCUCCUCCCCAGACACUGUCGCUCUGCCUCCGGGGAUCCGACCCCAGAAAAAGAGUACGUGUCGCGUGUAUAAGAUUCCGAAGGCUGAGAUUCUGCGGGAGCCCAGGACCCCAGUCUGCAGCUCCAGCUCGUCAUCGACUGAUUCCGAGGGCGCCAGCCCGGUGCACGCCGCUGGCCCCGCGGGCGCUUACCAUUCGGCGUCAGCCGAGUCCAUGGACGUGAUUCCCGUGGCGCAGACGCGCCUGGGCAGCGCGGCGCUGGCUGUCCCAGGGGGCAGGGGUCGGGAGCCCGGGCUGGCGCUGCAGGCGCGUGCGCCCGCUGUUUUCGUGAGCCGGAGCAGCGGCGAGCCCGGAGCGCCGGGCGGCCGGGAGGCCCGCCUGGCUUAGCUGGGCCAAGGAACUGAAGGGCCGAGGAGGAGCGGCCGGCCCGACUCUAUGCAACAUCCCACCCUUGCCGCACCGAGUGCACUUUAGGGGCCCCCACGGCCGGCGGGAUCGGCCUCUUUUCCCCCACGACUUAGCAAUACCCGCCCACCUGACCAUGAUGCUCCAAUAAACUUUUUUAUGCUUUU